AUGCGUUCUUGCCGAGCUGUUCAUCGGCCAUCCUCUUUUCGCGGGAGAUCUUCGCAGCAUCAACUAGAUAUAAUGGUCAACUGCCUCGGAGUGCCGACGCGGGAAGAUGCCGCAGCAAUGCACUGCUCUGUGAGGACCUACAAUUUCGCCGAGACGAACUACCCGCCAGCGGGACCGUUCCCGAAGAUCGCAGAGAUGCGCGACGAGCGAAUGCCUGCCAAAGCAGUCGAAUUGCUGAACGACGUGCUUGGCUGCAUAUUUGAAGAGACGAAGAACCGACACGAACAAAAGAAAACAGAAUGGAGACCCACCUACUUUGUGCAUAAAAUGAAUAAAAAGAUGGAAGUUAAUUCGGCGGUUUCGGUGUGGGUGAAGCGGAAUAAUGGGACGGAUAGCUAUCGAGUGUCGGAUGAGGAUCUGACGGAUCGGGGGUAUACAAGGAGCUCAAAAGAUCGGGACAAUUUUGUGGUGUUGUUGGCGCGCAGUCCCGGGAGUUGUGCCGGCGGUUGCUCCAUAAAAAUAGCUACAAAUCAACGAGAAAACGGCCAAAUCAACCAUCAGGAAAAUGUACUCGGCGCGCCGUUGGGGUAUCAAGAUUUACACGACGAUCUAUACUGCGGACGGACACUUGGAGCAUGUGGAGCUGAUGUCCCAAUUUUCAAAUAUCAAAGGGGGAAUGGGGCUGAGGAGGAAUUCGCCUACUCUAUGGAUCCGACCGCCAAAUUUGAAGGCAUGACGAAGGAUGCCGGAUUUGCUUGCUAUGGAUGGGCCGAUGGAGGUAGUGUUGUCCACCCUGCAGCCACUGAACAGAACUGCAUGAAGCUGCUCGAUAUCGCGAAUGGCAGGGUCCAAUAUUCUGAGCGUGGUUCCGGGGCAUUCCCCCUUGGUACGACAGCCCAUACCACAUGUGAUUCUGGUUACUCGGCCACUGGACAGACGCAGGUGUUGUGUACGAAGAAGGGAUGGUUUCCGGCAACGCUGGGCGGGUGUGUCGAUCAGAAAGCUCGUACAACACCGCAGCUAAUCACGGGUCCUGGUGACGAGGACGAGCUGGGCGGUGAUCCGAGUUACUGUAGUCGGGUGGAUGGGGUCUCGCAUGGAAGUCUCGUCUAUUCGCAACCCGGGCCACGACCAAAUGGGACACGUGUCACCCUAUUUUGUGAUCUCGGAUAUGUGACUGUUGGGGAGUCCGCUUCCAUCUGCACCUCCGGCGAAUGGCUGCCGGAAAUCGGUGUCUGUGCGUCAGCCCUCGACAUCCACUGCCAGCCCAUCCUCACUCCACUCAACGGCAGGGUUCUCUACACUCCCACAAAUCAAUCUGCUACUCCAUUGACCGAAGGUGCGGCAGCCACGCUAAAGUGUGACCCUGGGUUUAUCGUAAGAGGGCAGCAGAGGGCAAACUGUCGGAUGAGGAGUUGGGAUCAGAUGUUGGGGAGCUGCGAGAGGCCGGAAACUACCGUAACCCCCUCCACAACAACCACAACAACCACCGAGCAAUCGGUGGUUGUAGCGAAGCGGCAGAGUUCAUGCUCGCAGCUUCCGGUGGAGAAUGGAUUUUUGAGCAUCAGCACACUUGGAAAUCAACAAAUGGCGACCCUCGGCUGUAACCUUGGCUAUUUGCCAAACGGCACCGUCACUACCCUAUGCCAGGAGGGGAACUGGAAGCCGGCAAUCGGAAAAUGCAUCUCCACGGCUGCUCUCUUCACUACCGUAGCUUUGAGGACGAACAGCUCGUGCCCAGAUAUGCAAAUUAUGGGCGAGGCUGGAGGGGCUAGUGUCAAUUAUUCGACUAGCGCUUCCGGACAACACCCCUCUACCUCAACGGCGACCCUCAAAUGCCCUGACGGCACUUCCGGCCAAGGAACUUUCACAUCAACAUGCACUAAUGGGCUAUGGGUACCGCCGGCUCUUGGCACCUGCGUCUCAUCCUCCCUGAUCCCCUCGACAUCUCCUUCAUCUGCCGCAGUCUCCGCGUCCUCCACCUCAUGCUCAAAUCCAAUUAUCCUAAAUGGAAACCUCAGCUACAGUACCCCGAAUUUAGACGGAACUAAGCCGGUGGGGUCGCAGGUGUAUCUGACCUGCCCGGCAGGGUCAAGUAUCGUUGGAGCGAGCCAGGCGAUAUGUCAGAAUGGUCUCUGGACACCAAGUCUCGGCGCUUGUCAACCAAGCGUCACCCUCGCACCAACUACCCAAGCGUGCCCCGGUGUCCUGCCCCCUUUCCUCGGCUCCGUCAACUACUCACAAAACGCGCCGUUCGGCCCGUUCACCAACGGAACUACCGUAACCCUCACCUGCGCCAGCGGUCAUAUUGAUGGAAACAGUUCCUCAACCUGCCUCUCCGGCGUCUGGUCCCCUCCCCUCGGCUCGUGCUCCCUUUUCGCCCCCUCAACCGGGACGCAAUGCCUGGCCAUGGUGACGUCUGGAGGCACGAUCAACUACUCGGCUUCCGGGCCGUUUGGACCGUUCAACACGGGCACCACUGGAACACUUACCUGCACGACGGGUACUGUACAAGGCAACGCGAUCAGCACCUGCUCGAACGGGGUCUGGACUCCGACAAUUGGCUUCUGCUCAACAACUGGGACUUCUGGGACCACGUGCACAUUCGCGCCGUUGAUACCGUUGGGCGCAACUGCGACCUAUUCAACGGGCUCCGCGACGGGACCAUUUGCUAACGGCGCUACCGUAACCGUGACUUGUCCCUCCGGGCAGACGAUGAGCGGCUCGGCCAUCUCGACCUGCUCGAACGGGCAGUGGACGACGCUGGGGACAUGUCAGACUGGAACUGGAACAUCCACAGUGGCGAGCGGCGGGGAAUGUCUGUUUGGGCCGACGAUUCCGCUGAACGGCCAGGUCGGCUAUAGUCUGACCGGGCCACCGUAUCCUCAGGGAACGGUAGCGACGCUGACUUGUAGCAGCGGAACGACUGUCAACGGCCAAUCAACGACUACCUGCCAGGCUGGCGCCUUUACCCCAGUAAUGGGAUAUUUGUCGCUGAUCGUGGGGCGAGCCGAGCCGCCCGGCAAUUGUCUGGCAAUGGCCAGCCCGCCGAACGCAAAGAUCAAAUACAUCCAGCAAAAGAGCGGCGCCUAUGAGAAUGGCACCCUUGCCGAACUUGAGUGCGAUGCGGAAUACACAGCAGCGGGUGAUCGACUGGCCACCUGUCAAAAUGGGAAAUGGGUCCCGGAAAGGAUGGGCGUUUGCCUGAAAAGAAAUGAUUCAUCAAACGAGCAAAAAUGCUCUCCACUCGCCUCCGUCAAAAAUGGUCAAAUUAGUUAUUCGACGUCGAACAACCCCUACGAGUCGGGCACCCGGGCGACGGUGAAAUGCGAUGAGCAAUUUGCCGCUAAAGGCACAACGGUCUCCACCUGUAUCCUCGGCAAAUGGUCAUCACCAACGCUUGAUGGUUGCGAACCCAUUCAAGCCGAUCCGCCAGGCCAGCGAAGCCCGCCAACGAGAUCUGUCAAUAUGCCGGGCGCAAAAUGCACGGCCAUCCCAUUGAAAGCCUAUUCAUCGAUCAUCUACAGCGAAUUCGGGUUCGGCCCGUACAGCGACGGCUCGUCGGCAACGAUCAGCUGUCAUGCUGGGAAUGUCUUAGAAGGUGAGCCCUCAUCGCAUUGUGAUUCGGGCGAAUGGGCCCCAGCCCUCGGCGUCUGCGUACCACCCGUUAGAAGUGUCGCGAGAAGUUAUGGUCUACCGAUAGCGCACGAUCAAGAACCACUAGCCCCGAAACACUAUGAAAAAGAUGAGCACCGCUGCACCCCACCAUAUUCUCCGGCUUUUGGAGAGAUAACGUUCUCGUAUCCAUCAACACAUGGCGAUUUCCCGGUGGGAACGAUUGCAGCCCUGCGCUGCAAUAUUGGCCAUUUGGUCAGGGGACCGACCUUUGCACGCUGCUCAUCCGGCUCAUUCCGCCCGGUUCUCGGCCGCUGUGACCCAGACUUGGCGGUUAAAUUAGUUGGCAAAUGCGCCCCGAUCCCAGCGCCUCCACAUUCUAAAGUCACCUACAUACAGGCGAGCCGCGCUUCCGAUUAUGAGACAGGCACAACAGCAUUGCUAUACUGCGACUUGGGAUACUUGGUGGCGGGCCAACCGACGCUGACGUGUUCAUCUGAUGGAUGGGAACCAGCGACCGGCUUUGGCACUUGUCAACGACCACAUGCU